CAUGGUUCCUAGUCGGAUUCAUUAACCACUGAGCCACGAUGGGAACUCCCAGAAAUAAUAUUUUUUAUAGGGUUGUAAAGAUUAAUUGAGUUUAAUAUAAGUAAAUGUGCUGAGAACAGGACCUGACUCACAAGCAUUCAGUAAUGAUGACUGCCAAUUUUUUGGUGUACAAAUAAAUACACUAUUCCUUCUGUGUUUCCAGAUUUUUUUUUUUUUUUCUCUUUUCCAGCCAUAUCCAUGGCAUAUGGAAGUUCCCGAGCCAGGGGCUGAAUCUGAGCUGGAGCUGUGAACUAGGCCACAGCUGCAGCAAUGCUGGAUCCUUAACCUGCUGCACUGGGCUAGGGCUCGAACCCGUGCUGCCACAGACAUGAAACAGAUCAUUAACUUGGUGGGAAGUCCAAGAUUUUUAAAGGCAUUCUGUAGUGAAUUUGUGUUUUUCUCAAAUUAAUAACUGGACCCAGUGCUUUAAAUUUAGAGGUAUUUCACCUGAAAAGAUGUUUGGAGGUUGAAAUAAAACAUAUUGAGCAUAUUAUUUGAAAAUAUAACCAACAUGCUGUUUAAAAAUGAGUUUAUCCUAUGCUUUCUGACUUUUUGACAUCCUGCACAUAGUAACAGCAAGGAUAAUAGUCUUAUUUUUUAAUCCUGGAGAAUACGUGACUAAAGAGAACAUUUCAGUGUCAUAAACAAAUGUAUGGUAUAAAGUUUUGGAAAAUCAUUAUGGAAACUAGUAGACAAAAUGUAAUAUAGCCAUUUUUUUCUUAUCAACUUUAUUGAGAAAUAAUUUAUAUACAGUAAACUACCUCCAUUUAAAGAGAAUAGUUUAUUGACUUUUAUAUACACACAAGUAUAUACACACAAAAGUACCACCAUCACAAUUAAGUACCAUUUCUUAUCAUCUCCAAAAGAUUCCUCCUGUCUCUUUGCAGUGCAUCUCUUCCUUUGCUCCAGGCCUAGGCAACCACUGAUAUUCUUUUGGUCAUUGUAGAUUUGUUUACAUUUUAUAUUCAAGGAAUCACACAUACUAUUGUAUUUUGUUCCUGGCUUCUUUCACUCAUCGUAGUUGAGAUUCAUCUGUGUUGUGUGUAUCAGUUCACUCUUUUUUACUUCUGGGUAGUAUUCCACUGUGUAGGUAUUUAUCCAUUUAUCUGUCAAUGGCCAUUUGGGUGGUUUCUAGUUUUCCACUAUUGUGAAUAUGGCUGUUGUGCACAAGGCUUUGUAGGGACAAGUUUUUGAUUCUCUUGGGUAAAUACCUUGAAUAUGGAACAGCGUGGUAUAUGUUUAACUUAUAAAGAGAAUGCCAAAUGUUUUUCUGAAGUGGUCAUACUACUUUACAUUCUCAACAGCAGUAUAUGUGAGUUCCAGUUGCUCCACAACCUUCUCCAUUUGGUGCGGUCAGUUUUGAAAAUUUUACUUGUUCCAGUGUCUGUGUAAUGUGUGUUGUGGUGUGGAACUCCCUGUGGCCUAGAGUUAUGCAUCUUUCCAAGUGUUUAUUGACUGCUCAUACAGCUGAUGUGAUGAAGUAUGCAGUCUUUUGCCAUUUAGAAACUUAGGUGAUUAGUUUUUGUCUUAUUAAAUGAUGAGUCCUUCACAUAUUCUAGGUACAAAGUCCUUUGACAUAUAUUGUGAGGUUGUAGCCAUUUAAAAACAAUGUUUUGUAACCAGUAAGGUACUUAAAAAUAAGUAUGAUGGUGGCUGUGCCACAGAGCAAUUAGAGGGCAAACUGCUAAACCUAGAAAUCCGUCAAGCUAGGCCUAUUAUUUCGUGCACCUAGAGUCCUGAGACCAAAAAUCCCAUAUCAUAAAAUAUUUAUUGCUAAAGACCCAAAGAGAUAACAGCAACAAAUAAAUAAAUUAAACAAAAAUAGCUCCGCAACGUUUAUUUGCUGAUGAUAGUGUGCGAUCAGGGCCCCUUUGAAUUGUUUUAGAUUAUUGGGCAUAUCUUUGAUAGUGUUCAAGUCAUUUCAUUUAAAACAGCCUUACAAUAAUAAUAACGUAGACUAGACGUAAACAUUAAACUGGUAUAAUAAAUUGGUAGAAUGCUGGACUUCGUAUUUGGGUUUGAACCAGGGACCAGACAGCAAGUGAGUGAAGGUCUCACUGGCACCGCUCGAGGAUUCUCUGAAAGCCGCCUUUGGGCUGCGCAUGCGCCUCUCGUCUGCCCGUCUCCGCCCUCUGGGAGGCGGGGUGGUGUUGCGGUGGUAACCGCAGUAAACGGAGACCUUGGGCUGAUGUGACCAGGGACGCUCCGCGAAGAUCAGUGCCUUCGAGAAAAUGAGGGAACCAGAUGAUCAGGAUUCUGGUGGGAGGAAAUCAGAUAGAUUGAAGGGUGAUGGAAGGCAGACUCAUUCCUCUCGAUCUACCUCAAGAGCUGCUAUGAAAGAGGAUAACAAAUCUGUUGAAGAUACCACUGGGGGAACAUUUACUGAAGGGGAAGAGCCAUAUUUAGAUGAUGAUGAAUCCUAUGUGGAACCUUUGGAAGGAAGUUCAAGUUCAUUUCAAGAUGAUUAUGCAGAAAGUAUUGGAGAAUCUCGGUAUAUGGAAACUCCUGUCCCAGCAGCAGAAGAGGCAGAAGAGAAAGUUAAGAAGAAGAUAUCAGAGAGCUUCUUCUACGAUGAGAUGGAGCUUGUUUCGAUGCCUUUUGUGACUCCAGAUUCAAACAUACCACUGGAUCUUCUCACACUUGUACAUUCCUUUGGUUAUGACUGUAGAAAGCGGGCCAACCUACAACUUCUGGACAGCAAUACCAUGAUGUACAUAGCUGGGAACCAGCUGAUCCUUCUGGAUUUGAAAACCAAGGAACAGAUGUACCUGCGAAGUAGCAGUGGCGGAGGCAUUGGUGUCAUUGGGGUUCACCCCUAUAAAACUUACUUCACAGUAGCAGAAAAAGGAGUUUUCCCAAAGAUUAUCAUUUAUGAAUAUCCUUCUUUGAGGCCCUACAGAAUCCUUCAAGAUGGGACUGAGUUGGCCUAUGCUUACGUGGACUUUAACUACAAUGGUACCUUGCUGGCCUCUGUUGGUAGCAGCCCUGAUCACACACUGACCAUCUGGAAUUGGAAAGAAGAGCAGCCCCUCCUGAGGACAAAAGCUUUUUCCCAGGAAGUCUUUAAGGUUACUUUCAAUCCUGAAGAUGACGAGCAGCUUACUACAUCAGGAUCAGGCCACAUCAAGUUCUGGGAAAUGGCUCUAACAUUCACUGGUCUCAAGCUUCAAGGUUCUUUGGGUCGGUUUGGCAAAACAGCCACUACUGAUAUAGAAGGUUACAUGGAGCUCCCAGAUGGGAAGGUGCUCUCAGGGUCAGAAUGGGGCAACAUGCUGCUUUGGGAAGGUGGCCACAUCAAAGUUGAGCUGUGUCGAGCUGCAGCCAAGCCCUGUCAUCAGGGUCCCAUUAACCAGAUCAUGCUGGACGAGGGGGAAGUCAUCACUGUCGGGUCAGAUGGAUGCGUUAGGAUAUGGGAUUUUGAGACAAUAGACACUGCUGAUACUGCAGAGGAGGCCGGGUUGUUAGAGAUCGAGCCCAUUAAUGAACUUCAAGUCGACAAGAAUGUCAAACUCUUCUCUAUGAUAAAAAUGAAUGAAGUUGGAGCCAACUUUUGGUUGGCUCAGGAUGCCAAUGGAGCCAUUUGGAAGCUUGACCUUAGUUUUUCAAAUAUUACCCAAGAUCCUGAAUGCCUCUUCUCCUUCCAUUCUGGAGCCAUUGAAGCCUUGGCCGUCUCUCCUCUCACUUACCUCAUGGCCACUACUGGCUUGGACUGUUCUGUUAGACUUUAUGAUUUUGCUAGCAAAACUCCUUUGGUUCAGAUGAAAUUCAAACAAGGAGGUACUGCCCUUGCUUGGGUACCACGACUGGUGAACUUUAAGGGAGCACAAUUUAUCGUAGGAUUCGAAGAUGGCAUUGUUCGAAUUCUUGACCUUUUUGAUCCAAAAGGGCUCACAGUUUUUGUGGGACGGAAGAGAAUUUUGGAUGCAGACAUUCGCUUAAAACAGGUUUUCAAACCUCAUACUGCUGCUGUCACUGCUUUAGCUUAUGAUCGUGAUGGAGAAGUUCUAGCCACAGGGAGUAAAGAUAAAACUGUCUUCUUCUUCGAAGUGGAAAGGGAUUAUAAACCAAUUGGUUAUAUCACUACUCCUGGGCCUGUUUGCCAGUUAAUGUGGUCUGGAGUCUCUCAUCCAGAAAAUACUUUACUGAUUAUCUGCGAGAAUGGCUAUGUUCUUGAAGCUCCACUUCCAACUCAAAAGGAGGAAGAAGAGGAUCAUGAUGUAGUUUCCUAUGAAAUCAAAGACAUGUGCAUAAAAUGUUUCCAUUUCUCAAGUGUCAAAUCUAAGAUUCUGAGAUUAAUAGAAAUUGAAAAGAGAAAGAAACGAAAGGAGUUGAAGGAGAAAGAAAAGGAAGAAAGGAGGAAGCUGGCCAAAGAGAUGGGAGAAGAUGGAGAAAAGGAAUUCCAGAAGCAAGAAGAGGAGGAGGAAGAGGAAGAGGAACCAUUACCUGAAAUCUUUAUUCCUUUAACACCCUGUCACAUCCUCUGUGGAUUUUACUCUGAGCCGGGGAAGUUCUGGGUUUCUUUGGGUGGCUAUGAUUCUGGUUUUCUAUAUCACUGUGAGUUCCCUCCAUAUGACAAAAACAGUGAUAUCACAGAAAAGAAAGAUGAGCCUUUUGAUUUCCGUCUUCUGGAAGAUACAGAGGAUAAUCCCAUCACAACUAUCACUUUCAGCAUUAACAAAAAUAUGAUGUUUUGUGGAAUGCAAAAUGGAGCAAUUCGAGUCUAUGUUCUAAAUCAGAAUGAUCCUUCAUUGGCCAGUAUGGAGGACUACUGGCACUUCAACAUGCAUGACAAUAAUUAUGGCUGUAUUAAAGCCAUCUCCACUAGCUUUGAUGACCGUUUCUUGCUGUCUGCUGGAGCAGAUAGUAAUAUCUUUGUUUUCAGCUUUUUUUCUGAAUUUGAGUUAAAGAAAGACAUGAAAGCCAAAGUGCCAUCUCCCAGGUUUGGAAUAGAAACGGAGCCAAUUCCAGAAGAUAUUGAAGAUCCUAAAGCUUACAGUAUUGAGAAUGCCAGAAGAAAAAGAGAACAUGACAAGUUAGUGAAGGAAGUGGAAGAAAUCAAGGCUGGGAAGAGAGAACGAAUCAAAGCUUUGAGAAAUGAAUUACAGAAACUAUUACAGAUGAAUGAAGCAUUACCAAAACAUAUGCAGUUUAAACGGACAGAUUUUGAUCUAGAUUCCAAAAUUCGUGCUGAGAUUGACAGGAAAACAGCUCAUAAAAUUCAACGAGUGGAAAAGGAAUUAGCGUGGGAAAAAGAGAAACAUCAGCUUGCUCUAAUGAAGCUAAAGAAUAGAUUUCGUGAUUCAUUGGAAAAUGAUACUAUUGUAGUUCAUGCCAUACAAAGUGAUCACAAGAUAUCCUCCUACAGGCUUGUGAAGCCUUCUAAAUACUCCAAAUCCAAACGCCCAAGUCAAUCAGAAAGAAGACCAAGCAAACUCGAGAGGUUUGAAAAAGAUGGAACCGGAAAAAAGCAUAGCCAGAGAGAUACAGGUGGGAGUAUUAGUGUGCCAGAAGAAUCAAUUAUAGAAAAAGGGAAGAAAUUUCGGCCUAAAACCCUAAGUGAAAUUAUGGUGGAAAAUCAAAUUGAGAAAACAAGGAAACUUAUAUUAAAAGCUGAAAGGGCCCAAUUUAAGAUUCAGCAGCGAAAAAAGGAAUGGGAGGAACUGUACAAGAGUAAACCUGGUGAUGACUAUGAAGAUCCCAAAGAUGUUCAAGCCAUCAAAGAGGCCCAGUUGUAUAUGGGAGACUUUAAUUUGAAGACAGCCCCAGACUAUAAGAUACCUGAACACAUGAGAAUAAAUGCUGCCAAGAAGGAAGAGGAACUAGGACACUUAGACUCCAUGGUUCAUUCCAAGAAAAUGCACAUGAACAAGUGCAUCAUCUCUCUUCGAGACCUUAAAGUGGCAGUCGUCGAGGAAAUACAGUGCCUAGUGCAAGAGCUGAAGAACAUCCAGUCAGCUCUGCAUGAAUCCAAGCACAUCCCCAUUCCCCAAAUCCCUCACAUACGCCCGGAAGAAGUUCCAGAAAAGAGAUUUCAGUACGAUGAAGAAACUCUCCUAGCUUUUAAACAACAGCAGAUGAAAAAGCUGUCUGAUCACAUCCCCCAGGUGGAACAAGCAGCAUCUGGGGGCUCAGCUGGAAGAUUUCUCAAGCUCUCUUCUGGAAAGGACAGGGAUUUGACGACGCGUGAUUCAUUGUCUAGAUCUUCAAGAGCUUCAGCAUUCAAUUUUGAUGUUCCAAAGUUCAUGGAAUUUGCAAAAGCAGAUCCAACUGAAGUGGAGCUAGAGAUUAUGAAGCGGGAUGAGAUUAAACACUUGUACAUGCAACAGUAUUUGAUCAACAGGAUCAAAGAACUGAUUGUCACUUUUGAUGCAGAACUCCGUCUCCUGAGACAUCAGAAACUGAAACUAGAUACUCAGAUGAAGUUAUCCGACCUGCACCAUGUCACAUUAUUUCAAGAAAUGCUUCUCCUGAAGAAUUUUGAAAAACAAGAGAACAUACUUCAAGAACGUGUUAAUUCAUUAGACAAAGAGGAACAGGACAUGCAGUGGAAAAUAAAUGAAACACUUAAAGAGAUGGAAGAGAAGAAGAAUGAAGUCGCCAAACUCCAGGACCAAGAAAAAGCACUCUAUGCUGGUUUCCAAGCAGCUCUUGGAGAAAACAACAAAUUUGCUAACUUCCUCAUGAAGGUACUAAAGAAGAGGAUUAAGAGGGUGAAGAAAAAGGAGGUUGAAGGAAAUGCUGAAGAAGAUGAGGAAAGUGACGAAUCAAGUGAAGAGGAAUCCAGCUUGGAGAGUGAUGAGGAGGAGUCUGGAUCUGAAGAUGAUGUUUUUGAUGAUUCCAUCUGCCCCACAAAUUGUGAUAUUGGUCUCUUUGAAUUGGCCCUUCAACUCCGGGAGAAAAGGCUGGACAUUGAAGAGGCCUUAGUUGAAGAAAAGAAAGUUAUUGAUAACCUCAAAAAGGAAUAUGAUGCAUUGUCCAAAAAAGUAAAAAUUGUGGCAACUAAUCUGAACGCAGCAGAGGAGGCCCUGGAGGCUUAUCAACGGGAGAAACAGCAGCAGCUGAAUGAACUGCUGGUUGUGAUUCCACUCAAGCUCCACCAGAUAGAGCAUGUGGUAUAUGGAGAAAUACCCAGUGAUCUUUCUGGAACUUUGGUGUUUUCUAACCACUCCUUGGGGCGACUGCAAGAACGGAUCAUACAGCUGCAGGAGGAAAAUUCCAAGCAGCAGAAACUUAACAAAGAAUACCGGGAGAGGCGUAAACAGCUCAUCCGAGAAAAGAGAGAGAUGGCAAAGACUAUACAGAAAAUGGAAGAAACAGUCAGUCAACUCAUGAUCAGCAAGUUUGGCCGUGUGAUAAACCUGGAAGCCCUUCAGACACUUUCUGUGAAUACAACACUUGAAGAACUGAAGAUCAGAAAACUGCGAAAGGAGCUGUCGAACGCCAAGGAAAUGAAGAUGUGGGAGGAAAAAAUUGCUCAAGUGCGAUGGGAAUUGAUGAUGAAGACCAAAGAACACACCAAAAAGCUUCAUCAGAUGAAUGAUUUAUGUAUGGAAAAGAAGCAACUCGACUCCCAGUUGAAUAUGCUACAGAACCAGCAGGGCAAUGCCUUCCAGGGCCCUCGGAAAGCAGAUACUGUGGCAAGAGAGAAGGUCACUGAAUUGAUCCAAGUCCAGGCCCAAAGGAUUUUGGCCUUAAAGGAAGAGAUUGCUCUUUUGCGUAAGAAAGGUGGCCUUAUUCUCCCACCCAUCCAUCCUCCACAAGAGAAUGAAUGAAGUCCAUGGGUCUUUAAAUUUACUUUUUUCUUCUCAAAUCCAUCCAAGAUUUCUGACAACACAAUUCAACAGAAGUUCUGUUUCCUUAUUGCCUACAACAAUCCUACUCUUUUAAAGGGAACUUAUCUAAAAGUCUAAAAGCAGAUCCAGUUCAUGUAGUUUUAAUAAUUCCCCCCCCCCAACUGGUUAUCUUAGAACUGACUUCACCAACCAGCAUCUACUUAUUGUUGAAUUGAACCCUUUUAGAUGUGUUUGGAACCAAAUGGAUUGAGUAUGAGGUCUUGGGAGGCUGUAUCUCAAAUCACCAGGAAGCAUCUGUAAUAUAUCCUGUUUAGGAAAUGUGGUUUUUGGUCAUUUGAAUUUUUAGCCUGGCAAUGUCAGGUCCCUCUGCAUUAUGUCUCUUGAUUCUUGCCCACAUGCAACAAAGAUUUGGAGGUGCAGGCAGUCUGUUCCCAGGAUCUGGCUGACGGUUGUCCCAGCUAGGAAGUACAGCUGCAGUGCCCAGACGGAGCCGGUGAUCUUGCAGUGCAAGGACGGAGGCAGGUGGUCUCUUUGGGCAGGAUUGUUCCAUUCAGGAUGGGAGCUGCUCUGGGUCAAAGGGAAUUUCUUUUGUCAGCAACAGCACCUUAGUUUGAAAGUUACAGCAUGAUAGGGCACUCUAAUGGGCCGUUCCCUGUCUGUCUCCCUGAGUGAAACACUCCCACUGGUUGCCUCAGAGCUAGCAGUCUUGAUUGCAAUCAAGACUCAAGUUCAUAGCAAUGUACAGUAAAUUUUAUUCACACCCUCAGAGAGAGCCGGCCGUUCUGGGGUAGGGGACUGGGUCUGGCUGCAGCUGGGUCCUUCCUUAUAUACCCAUACAGCAGACAUGUUUGAGGACUCCAAUUCUCCCUCCCCAGGCCCACUAAUUUUUCUUGCCCAGCCCCCCUGCACCGUGUGUAAGGGCUGAGUGUUGUUUGAUCUCUGUAUGGGGGCACGUUUUGAUCCUCCAGUUGGUUUCAGGCAGGAUGCCUUAUCUGCCUGGGGAAUAGGCUAUAGGGAGGUGCUCCAAUGAGCAAUGCCUCUGGUAUCUGCACGUGUCCUCAUUAUUUGAUCACCGGCCUCCUGUUUUCGGUAACGAGAAAUGGCCUGUUUUGAAUUACCUGGGUCCAAGUCCCUAUCCUAUCCUACCUAAAAGCAGGAAAAUCUAUCAUUCAGCAAACCAUGAGGAAACUUCCUUUUCUUGAUCAUUGGAUCCUUGGAAAAUGAGCUUUGAGAUAGUCAGGGAUUCUCUGAAAAAAUGCAAGAGAAAAAAAAUUACCAACCCAAAUCUGAGAAAAAGAAAUGUAAUUUAGAAUUUUAACAUUAACUUCACAAAGCAGUUAUUUGAGGGCUCAGGAUUCAGGGACAGGUAGACAGAGCAGAGCAGUUUUGCUUUAGAUUAGCAGGAAGCCAAAAAAGAAUCAGCUUCCUGGAUCACCUCUGGGUGAAGCAGAGAAGUGAGUCUGCGAAAUGAUUAAGAAGGAGGCUUUUCUCUGUAGAUGUUUGCAACACUACCUGCAUUCUAAGUAUUUCCUAUGGUUUCUCAUGUCCUGUGCCAUUUUCUCUCAGGUUCUACUUGAGUCACUUGCUGGUCUUGAUAUGAAUCAGGGAGUCAUGAAAUAGAUUCCAUCCCUCUGGGAGAUCAUCUCUAACAAUCAUUUUUGAUUGGACAGAACAUUUUGAACUAAUUUGAGAGUGUCCUUUCAGGUUUGGGGUAAGUGGUCACUGGGAUUCAUUAAGUGGUCACAGGCAAUGCGACUCCUAACCUGGGAAACUUCCAUAUGCCAAGGGUGAGGCCCUAAAAUCCACUGCAAGUUGGAUUCCUUUUAGUAAUAGAACAUAGCAUUAAAUUCCAUGCUCUGUGGGUCCAUUUUAAGGAGCUACUUACUCCCUUGAGGCUGUCCCAGAAAAUGAGUUGGUUACUGAAAGAGAAAGAAGGCAGUGUCACACCAGUGUGGAAAGUGCCUCAGCAAAGUCAAGUCUUCUCAGCCUGCUCAUCUGCCCCCCAGAUUAUAGGCAGGACUUGGAUUCUUUGUAUGUUGGGAUGUAUGUUAGGGUGGCCGCUUGGUCUAUUGUGUUUCUAAGGUCCUUUCCUACUCCUCUUUAAGAGCUUCUAGUAGCUUCUCACUGGAGAUCUCUGAUGUAGCAACCUCUCUACUGGAAAGCACUCAUCUUCUCUGCCCUAGGCCCCAACCUAUGUGUACUCUUCAAGAAUUUUUUUUUUUUUAAACAUGCAAGUCAUAUCUCUGUUUUACUUAUUUAUUCCUGCAUAAAAAAUUACCUCCAAACAUAGCUUAAAACGAGAAGUACUAAAUAUCCCGUUUUCUGAAGGUCAGAUCAGAAACUGUGGGCUGGGGCUGCGGCCAUCUGAAGCUCGGUUGGGGCUGGAGGGGCUACUUCCAGACUCACUUGACUGACUGGCAACCGUCUAGAUAGAGCAGGGCCUCAAGGAGACACUAUUCUCUUGGUUUUGGUGAGACCUAGGGGAAUUUAUGUUAUUUUCCUGGGCCUCAUGUUGUUAUCAGAUAAAUGAGGGAUUUGGAUAAGCUCUGAGGCCUCUACCCAUUCUGAAGUCCUGUGAUUCUCAUUGCAGCAAGAAUGAACUUAGAAUCUAUGGAAGAGCUAGGUCUUCCAUAGAUUCGGUGUGUGUAUCAACUUAACCGUAAAAGCAGUCAGGAGUGGGGUUCCUGUUGUGGCUCAGUGGAAACGAAUCUGACUAGCAUCCAUGAGGAUGCAGGUUCAAUCCCUGGCCUUGGUCAGUGGGUUAAGGAUCCUGGCCUCACUGUGGCUGUGGUGUAGGUUGAUGGCUACAGUUCUGAUUAGACCCAGAGCCUGUGAACCUCCAUAUGCAGAGGGUGUGGCCCUAGAAGGACAACAACAACAAACCAAUCAGAAGUAUUGCUUUUUUCCCAAAUUGAACUAGAUGAAACCACUCAAGUUUACAAUAUUAAGAUCUUUAUGCAGCAUGUUUGGGAUCUGACAAUAUAGUUCAUUUUUAUUUUGUAUUAGACAAGAUAUAUAGACAGCUUUAGUUUCAUUUCUACUUGAUUCCAGCCUUAGUCUUGAACCUACAAUUAAAUAUAGCAUCUGCAUCUUUGGGAGGUUUAGCUUCAAACAGGAGGAGUACCAGGGGGUGCAGCCUCAGCUGAGGGUAGGUAGAAAGUCCUGGUCUCCAAUCAAGCUGUUCUCUGCCUCCUGCUGUGCCCUUAAAAAGGCAGCGUCACCUAUGAGAAAGCCCCAGAGCAGUCUAAAUUGAGUUCCUUGUGGAUUAGGUGUUAAUCUCCCUUGGCUAUUUUGAACCCACAUCCAUACUGCCAUCAAAUCUCAACACUGAAAGAAAAACUGUCGAGUCCAAAGCCUCCGUCAGAAUGUCAAAGGAAAAGGAGUUACUCAGUUCUGCUGAGUCGGCUUUACUCUUCCUUCUGAUUAAUUUAUACAGCUGUUGCUGACGGAGUCAGGCUUUUGAAGGGCAUUAUAAUAAUUAACCUGAGUCUAAAGAAUACAAAAUGCUGUUUCAUUUUCUAGGCUAAAAUUUAAAGGCCUGAUGCCCUAAGCUGUUCCCCGUUUCCUGCAAUUGGCUAAGGUAAAUAUGCACAAGUGUCUCACUUAACAUGCCUUAGACGUGCUGUGUCUUUCCCAGAACUUUUUUUGAGCACUAAAAGCAUUCAGUGUUGUUAUGUAAAACCGAUUUCUGCACAGCACUGGAACCAUUAUCACUCCCAUAAAGUUCACCAAAGUUUUCUGAACCACUGGGAUCAUCAAGGAUCAAAAAAGCAGGACAUUUUUAAAAAGUCAUGGGCUAGAAGUUGUGUUACAUUCCAGAUCUGAGAGUCCUGUUCCCCUCCUGGAAGUGACCUUUAGGCCCUCGAUGCUGGAUUGUGUCUGAAGUCGCAAUCUCUUAUUCUUCUCUUCCCUGCUCUACUUCUCUUUUCCUAUCAUUUCCAUAUUCCUUACAACCCUUCAUUUCAUUUCUUAAAAUAUUUUUAAAAUACUGCUUUUCUGAAAACCAUGUUCCAAUUUAGCUGUUGGAUGGGAAAAGGACGCAGGAAUGUCUUCUGACCAGCAGAGGGUGUACUUGUCCUUGGCCAUCAGAGUCACUCUAGGUGCUUUCCUAGGACUUGGUUUAUCAAAUUCAUGAGUGGAGUGUAAAUCUAGUAAGUAGCUAGCUAGGGUCAGUCUGCCCUUGAUGACUCUUAAGUCCCUCAAGUGGUAUUUCAUCUGCAACUCAACUUUACCAAAAUCUAGAAAAUACAUUUCCCUACUGAAAACAGUUAAAAGUGUGUUAGGGGCAUUCCUGUAGUGGCUCAGAAGUUAACAAACCUGACUGGUAUCCAUGAGGAAGCAGGUUCAACCCCAGGCCUCGAUCAGUGGGUUAAGGAUCCAGCGUUGCUGUGAGCUGUGGUGUAGGUCGCAGACACAGCUUGGAUCCUGUGUUGCUGUGGCUCUGGCAUAGGCUGGUGGCUACAGCUCUGAUUCGAUCCCUGGGAGCCACCAUAUGCCACAGGUGUGGCCCUAAAAAGACCAAAAAAAAAAAAAAAAAAAAAAAAAGUGUGUUAGGAGUUUCAGUGCAAGCUUCAGCCUCCUUCUAGUUCCACGUUCAAGUGCAAUGCUUGAUCCUGUGGGUGGAUGGCAGUGAGUCAACGUUGAUUUUAUCCAACCAGUGAGUCAACUCCUCUGGCCAUGUUGGUGUGUCUUUGGAAAGAAGGGAAGUGAAUUUUAUCAGGCACCAUAUGUUCAUGUGUAAUAUGGCACUUAAACUAGUAUUUUAGAGAAAAUAUUUAGUCUUCAACACAUACCUGUAUAGAAAAGGUACGUUUCAUUCCCUGGGUCUGAACAAAGCGUGACCUCAAGUCCAGUUAGAGAAUGGUGAGGUACUUCUCGCCUGCUGUACACUGACUCCCUCUUGGACUAAACAGCCAUCAACACAUCUGCCUUAAUAAAAACACAACUGACAUUCAAUAUUUAAAAGACAAAAAUUAGAAACAUCUGCUACCUUUUUCCAGCUCUCCCCUCCAGGGCUCUGCAAACGUCCCACAGAGCCCAAGUGGGUGUUUCUUCAAAUACUCAGACUGAACCCUAACGUGGAAGGAGAAUGCUGACUCAUACAUGACUAAGCUGAAGGUUACAGGGAAGACUAAACAUUUAUUUAGACGUUACAGUGUUUAUUUUUACAGAGAUAUGUUGCCACAGAUUAUUGAUUCUGGAAGCUUUGUUAAUGCUUAUGGUCCUAUACACAUCUUAGUCUAUUCUCAUGGGCAUCUUCUGAAAACGUUUCCUGUAGCACCAGAUCCAGCCACUGUCACACGGGCAUCUCCAAUCUCUGAGUCCGUGGCCCUGGCUUUUCCCCUUAGGGUCCCUCUGGACAGCGUGCCUAGGAGCCUUCCUUCCUUCUGCAGCCUCCCAGGCAGGGGCAGGCGUUCUCAGGGAAGGGCUGCCUCCUCAGUCCUGUUGCUCGGUCCUGGUUGAUUCCUGUUAUGUCGCGGCUUCUUUGUUUCCCCUCUCAGACCCUUGGUGGGUAGGCUUCCCUAUGUCUCUUCGGCAUUAUAAAAA